AUGGGAAAAAGGAAGAUUGCGAUUGAGAGGAUCGAUGAUAUACCAAACAGGCAAGUUACUUUCUCAAAGAGACGAAGUGGUUUGUUCAAGAAGGCAAGGGAGCUUGCGAUCCUCUGUGACUCACAAGUUGGGGUCAUCGUGUUCUCUAGCACUGACAAGCUCUAUGAAUAUGGUAGCCCCAGCAGCAUGAAGUCAGUUAUUGAGCGCUACAACAAAAAAAGAGAGGAAAAUCAUUUGCUUAUGAAUCCAGCUAUAGAAGCCAAGUUUUGGCAAAGAGAGGCAACGGUCUUGAGGCAAGAACUUCAACAGUUGCAGGAAUUGCACAGGCAAUUGACGGGUGAACAACUUUCUGGUUUGGGCAUUAACGAAGUGAACAAUUUGGAAAAUCAACUGGAGAUGAGUUUAAAACGUGUCCAGAUCAGAAAGGAUCAAAUUUUAACUGAUGAGAUUAAAGAGCUACAACAAAAGGGAAAUCAAAUUAGUCAGGAAAAUGUUGAAUUUUAUCAAAGGAUACAAGUCAUUAGUAAAGAAAAUGAAGAGUUAAGAAAGAUCUGUCGAUCAAGGGUUAUUAAUGAAGAAAAUGAGAGUUUCAAUCCUCCAUACACUACCAAUCUGCAGCUGAGCCAGCCACAACCUCAAUCUAGUAAGCCACCAACCAAAGGAAUAGAACUGGGGUAUAUUACUCCUUCAAACUCGUGA